AUGAAGCUCGAUUUUGCGCAUGGUCUGUCGGGCGUAAUGGUCAUGAGGGGCUGCUGCGUCAACGAGACAACAACCGACCUAGCCCUUCCGUCGCUGACUAGUCCACGAAAAGCUUCCACGGCAGUGAUCAUUCAGAGGUCGGGUAAACAAGAGUGGGUUACAGUCGCUGAUAUUAUCGGGAGGCUGAGGCAAAGCCUUCGUUGUUGCUCCUCGAAAAAUCAGGACGAUGCGGCUUUUGACAACCAUCGAAGGAUGCAGGACUGCGAGAAAUGGAAAGUGGUUCAACGGCCCAGACUUGGGUAUUUGAUAGGAAAGAUGUGGUUUACAGGAUUCCGCGCGAAUAGAAUGCACAUAGUUGGGAACUAUUCGUCGAAUAGCGCCUAUGUGGGUCUCGGGGGUAGGUACUCGAUUGUAGCUGUAGACUCGACCCGACGCGCAACAGACGAAGACAACGGACUACCUUUGGAAGAGUUGACUUCGACAUGGUUUUUCAUGGACGUCGAGUUCAUGGCAUCCCUAAUCGAUAAUCCUAGGCAAAGACAGAAGGCUCCCACACGCCCACCCAUGCAGACGCCACUCCCUCUCCCCAAUGCUCCCCGAGUCGCCACUGCACCCAAUGCCUUGUCAGUGCACGUCGUUGCUUUUCCGGAGUGUGAGCACGAGAGUAGUCCCGCCACCAGUCUGCGAGAAUUGAUGCGUCAGUUGCUUGCACGAAGCAGUGAUGGUGGUGGAAAGAUCAACAGCUCUUGCCGAGAGGCCGAUCCUCAUUCAGACUCCGAAAUCUUCUUCCGGUAUCGUCGGCAGCAUAACUUCCGGCUUAAACCCUCCCCGUCCUUUUCCCCCCAAAAAUUGAGACUCAAAUACUAUACAUCCUCGGGCAUUCGGCUCCUUUAUGUGCUCUAG